AUUGCCAACUUUUGCUGAAAAAUGUCGAAUGCGCGUGGCGGGCUGGAUUUCCGCGUUCUGUACCCAUGUGACCUCCUCCUCCCUUCCGGCCUCACCUCCCCUCUCUCUCUCUCUCUCUCUCCCCCCCCCCCCAAAAAAGCCCCUCACCAAUACGGGCGAGACGGGACGAAUUGGGGACCGCGCCUCUAUAGCGGAUCGGCGCGGCGGUGGUGGCAGGGCAGGGGGAUGUCCACGCGGUCGAGGUCGGUGCAGGGCUCCGUGGGCGGCGGCGGCAGCACGGCUGGGGGCUCGGCUGUGCCGCUCGCCGUGCUUCUGCGGCGGGAGGUGGUCAGCGAGAGGACCGCCGCCGAGCGCCCGGAGCUCCAGCACGGCCUCUUCAGCCAGGCCAAGAAGGGCGAGGAUUUUGUCUUCCUCAAGCCCGACUGCGAGCGUCUCCCCGGCUUCCCGUCAUCCUCCUUCUCUGCCUUCGGUCUGUUUGAUGGGCACAAUGGGAAUGGAGCCGCUAUUUAUACAAAGGAGAAUCUCUUGAACAACAUCUUGGGUGCAGUCCCUGCUGAUCUCAACAGGGAGGACUGGCUUGCUGCGCUUCCAAGGGCGAUGGUUGCAGCAUUUGUCAAAACCGAUAAAGAUUUCCAAACAGUAGCACGCUCUUCAGGAACAACAGUGACAUUUGUCAUAAUAGAUGGAUUGGUUGUUACUGUUGCAUCUGUUGGUGAUUCGCGUUGUGUAUUAGAAGCUGAAGGUUCAAUUUAUCAGUUAUCUUCGGAUCAUCGUUUCGAUGCCAGUAAAGAGGAGGUUGAUCGUGUAACAGAAGCUGGAGGUGAUGUUGGAAGGCUAAAUGUUGUUGGUGGUGCUGAGAUUGGCCCCCUUAGAUGCUGGCCUGGGGGUUUGUGCCUGUCAAGGACAAUCGGAGAUCAGGACGUGGGUGAAUUUAUCGUUCCUGUUCCUCUCGUCAAGCAAGUAAAGUUAUCUACUGCUGGAGGCCGGCUUAUUAUUUCAAGCGAUGGUGUUUGGGAUGCUUUGACUGCAGAACAGGCUCUGAACUGUUCAAGAGGACUUUCUCCUGAAGCUGCAGCCGAGCAAAUUGUUAAAGACGCAGUGCACUCAAAGGGACUGAGGGAUGACACCACUUGUAUAGUCGUUGACCUAGUACCAGAAAAAGGCAACCCAGCUAUGUCAGCUCCUAAAAAGCAACCAGGAAUGGGUGUUUUCAAAAAUAUGUUUCGCAAGAAAACAUCUUCCGACUCAUCAUCCCAUGCAGAUAGAGAAUAUAUGGAUCCAGACAUCGUAGAAGAGAUAUUUGAGGAUGAAUGUGCAUUGCUCUCUAGACGGCUGGAUUCUGAAUACCCUGUUCGAAAUAUGUUCAAACUCUUUAUAUGUGCUAUCUGUCAAGUAGAGUUAAAGCCAAAUCAAGGGAUAUCUGUACAUGAAGAUUCAUCACAACCUGGGAACUUGCGUCGAUGGGAUGGUCCGUUCCUUUGCCAAAGCUGUCAGGAAAAAAAAGAAGCCAUGGAGGGAAAGCGCCGUUCACGAGAUUCGUCAUCGAGAAAUAGCGGGUCCAGUGAAUAGUCGCCAAGGUUUAAAGUUGUCUUGCUUUUAAAAAAGGGUUAUGAUACCAGAGAGCUACUGACCUCACAAUGCCUAAGCCUCCAAGAGACAAUCAUUUUGCGGCAUUUCACAUUGUUUUGGCACUUCCGUGAUCACAUGGACUGGUUGGGGUAUUUGAUCUGAGAUUGAAAUAUGAAUUGCCAUGAAGCAGGUGGUUACUGUUCAAUAGCCUAUUAUGCCAUUUGAAGUGGCAAGCAUAUACCUUGUUUUUAAUUAAAGGGACAAGCUUUUUGCUCGACAGUUUCACACAGAUCAUUUGACCUUGGUGGCAAAUACAGGCCCAAAGAUCAUUGAUUGAGAACGGCAUGCCAUGUUGACAUAUCUAUUCUUAGGUCAAACUAUAGUGUGAAUUACUGAUCACAUAUAGAGCUCCGGUAAGAAGGGCUUUGUAAUUCUCAAUAUGAGUAGGUGAGUUUCUUCUGACCGACCUUGACUUGUGGUCGAGAAAUACUCAACCCCUGUUGAAGUUCAGCUUUUUCUAACUCUUCUGUAAUUAAUUAGCAUAUAAAUAAAUUCUUUCAAACAA